UUAGUGAGGGAGGCUGGCAGGCUGGCAGAGGCCCAUGGUGCAGGAGGGAGGUACCGCCGCCCCUUGCUUAAUCAGUGCACCACCGCAACAGGUGUGUUGGUGAAAGGUGGCGUACAGCUGGCUCACUGAGGCGGCGAGGGCUUCACCCACCUGGACCUCCGAUAAGCAAGGCAAGAUGUGGUCUUCUCUGGGGUAGCUUUCUUUAAAGAGAAUCUCAGCCUGCUAGAUUAAAGCUAGUCAGCACUAUGGCAGAAAAUGAAUCACAAGAUGUCAACACUUUAGUCAAUGAAGGAAAUAAUGCCAGUAAUGAAGGUGACACACUAUUGGAUCAGUCAGAUUGUGCUUCAAAUGCAUCCCCCCUCAAGUCAGUUGGGUUCAUUCUUCAGACAGAUGUUGCAGAAGUAAAUGGUGAUGAAAUUGAUGCAGAUAUUGAUGAUGCACUUGAUGAGGGAUAUAUGGGAAUGGAAUGUACACUGGAGAGAGGAUUUUCGCUAAAUGAGUCUGCCAUUGCCAAGGACCUGCGUCAUGAACGUUACAGUGAUGUGGCUGUUAAGUACAUGCCAGACACAUCUCUGCGCCGCUACAAGCCUUCAGUAAAACACUUCAUACCUAUCAGAAAAUCAUCAAGAGCAAGAGAUGAAAUGCCUGUGGAUGAAGCAGGCUUGUACAGCUUCAUCACCAUCUCAUGGAUUACAAAUAUGAUGUGGAAAGCCUACAAGACGGGACUCAAAGAUGAUGAUGUGCCUCUCUGUUCAAAGUACGACAUGUGCGAAUACAAUACUGAUAGAUUAGAAAUAUUGUGGAAUGCAGAGGUGAAGAAGAAGGGAAAAGAUGCUGCUUCUCUUCAGUAUGUGUUAUGGCAGUUUUAUAGGACAAGAUUUCUCUUUGGAAUUGUCAUUUUCUCUCUGACCAUCAUUUUAGGCUUUGUUGGGCCUAUUGCAUUCAUGCGCUUCUUCAUUAGUUGGUUGUCUUCUGAUGAACCUCUUCUUGUGGGACUCUUUUGGGCUGGCGGUCUUGUCAUCUCAGAAUUUGCACGUGUCACCCUAUUCUGUCUUGUGUGGUCCAUCAACUAUAGGAAUGGAAUUCGACUGAGAGCUGCCUGCCUUGGGAUGUUGUACAGAAAGUUGAUGAAAAUGUCAUCACUAGGAAAUAGGAGUGUGGGAGAGGUAAUAAAUCUGUUUGCAAAUGAUGCCCAGCGUAUAUUUGAUUUUGUAGUCAUUGGCCCCUUGAUCAUUGGAGGACCUCUGGUUGCAGUAGGAGGUGUGAUAUACAUAUUAUGGCUUCUAGGACCUUGGGCCUUGUUUGGCAUGGUUGCUUUUCUCCUUUUUUACCCUUUUCAGUAUUGCCUUUCUCGCCUCACAGGGUAUUUGCGGCGGAAGACAAUAACUGUUACAGAUGAAAGGGUUCGCAUGAUGAAUGAGCUUCUUAAUUGUGUGAAGCUUAUAAAGAUGUAUGCAUGGGAGAAGAGUUUUGCCUCAACUGUUUCAGGGAUACGAAGUCGUGAAAGACAGUUGCUGGAAAAGUCGGCUUAUGUUCAGAGUCUUAGCCUUGCCAUGGCUCCCACUGUUCCUAUCAUUGCUGCCAUUGUCACUUUUUUGGCUCAUAUUGGUGCUGGAUAUGAUCUCACUCCUGCUCAGGGUAUGACAAUGAUUGCCUAUUUCUUGGGACAAGCACGGUCAUCUUUCAAUGUCCUGAGGUUUUCAGUUAGAGGCAUUGUUGAGGGGAAUGAUUCCUUUGACAGAAUCAAGAGAAUGUUAGUGAUGGAAGAAUUAACUCCUUAUCGUGGAAAUCCUGAAGAUUCAAGUGUUGCCGUAGCAUUCCAAAAUGCAACACUUGCUUGGGAUGCUGUUUCCCUACAGAAGGAAAAAAGAAACACUGAGAGCAUCAAGAAGAAGGAAUCCAAUAAAAAAGUGCCAUCCCAAGCAGACCAGUUACUAUCUCAAGAGAUGGAGCUCCACCAUGUUGAAGUUUUAUUUGGACUGAAUUUCACUAUAAACAAGGGUGAGCUGGUUGGUGUAUGUGGAGGUGUGGGUGCUGGAAAGUCUUCUUUGAUAAGUGCUGCACUGGGCCAUAUGAGGCUCGAAAAAGGUUGCGUUGACUUACAAGGCACCUGUGCCUAUGUAGGACAGCAAGCAUGGAUACUCAAUGCAACCCUCAGGGACAACAUUCUCCUUGAUGAAUCAUUUGAUGCCAAAAGAUAUUAUAGGGUUAUUCAUGCCUGCAGUCUUUCACAAGAUAUUGAAACAAUGCCAGCUGGAGAUAUGACUGAAAUAGGAGAGCGUGGCAUAAAUCUUUCUGGAGGUCAGAAGCAGCGGGUUUCACUUGCCAGAGCAAUAUAUGCUGACAGAGAUGUUUACCUGCUUGAUGAUCCUCUGAGUGCUGUUGAUGCUCAUGUGGGCAGCCAUCUCUUCCAGUGGGUCAUUAAAAGAGCUCUUCAAGGCAAGACUACAAUUUUUGUAACACAUCAGCUUCAGUACCUGCCUCAGUGUGACCGUGUUCUGCUUAUACAAGAUGGACGUGUUGCUGGGUUCGAUUUACAUGCCAAGCUUUUGGAAGACAGUACAGAGUAUGCUACUUUGUACAAAUCACAUAUGGAUAGUGUGGAAAAGGAAGAAUAUGAAAGAGAUGAGCUCUCUCCUCCAGCUGUACGUAGACGUCAGGACUCAACAAUGUCAACUGGGAGUGAAAGAAAUAGUAUUCCUGAUAAACUCAUGGAUGAUAUAAUACAAGAAAGUUUAGCUGAAGGAAAAGGUAUAGGACAACUAAUUUCUGAAGAGAAACUGGACAAAGGAGAUAUACCAUGGUCCACUUACCAUUCUUACAUAAUUGCAUGUGGUGGCUACAUAGUCUGCACUCUGGUGAUCUCUACAUUCCUUCUUAAUGUUGGAUCUACAGCAUUCAGUUCAUGGUGGUUGUCUAUGUGGUUGUCAGCUGGAAGUGGGAACACCACUUUGACUUUAGGAAAUGAGACCAUAGUUAGUGACAGUAUAGCUGAUAAUCCUGACCGCCAUUACUACCAGACCGUGUAUGGAAGCUUCAUUUUGGUUAUUCUUGCUACUUCACUCAUCAGAGGAUUUUCCUUCAUGAAGACUACCCUAAGGGCUUCCAGUCAGAUGCAUGACCAAGUCUUUAUGAAGGUGUUUCACAGCCCCAUGAGCUUUUUUGACACAACUCCUUCAGGGAGAAUAAUUAAUAUCUUCUCUCGAGAUAUGGAUGAAGUUGAUGUUCGAGUUCCUAUGACACUGGAGAUGUUCAUCCAAAACAUAUUCCUCAUAGCCAGUGCAUUGCUCUUCGUGUGUCUGGUUUUUCCAUACUUUUUGCCAAUCUUAGCUGUACUGGCAAUCAUUAUGAUGUUCAUCAGAAAUGUUUUCAGGGUUGGAAUCCGGGAUUUUAAGAGGCUAGAAAAUGUAUCAAGAUCACCAUUGUACAGUCACAUAAGUACAACAGUCAAUGGACUGGCCACCAUUCAUGCAUAUGGUAAACAAUCCCUGUUCUCCAAAAAGUUUUCAGUCUUCUUUGAUGAAAACAGUUGUGCCAUUUACCUCUUCAAUUGUGCAAUGCGAUGGUUGGCAGUUAGGCUGGAUUUGCUGGCAUUAUGCGUGACCUCUAGCACAGCAAUGCUAGCAUUGUUUCUUCGAGGGGUAGUGGAUCCCUCAUUUGCAGGCCUGGCCUUGGCAUAUGCAACACAGCUCAGUGGUAUUUUUCAGUAUACUGUAAGACUCAGCACUGAAACUGAGGCAAGAUUCACUUCAGUCCAGCGACUUGACAAUUGUUCAAAGGUCCUAGUGUCUGAAGCAUCGUCCAUCACAGAGUCCAAGCGUGCAGAUCCUCUGUGGCCUAAAUAUGGACGCAUUAGUUAUAAGAAAGUGCAGUUGAAGUACCGGCCAGAAACACCUCUUGUUCUAAAGGGCAUCUCUUUUCACAUUGACUCCAUGGAAAAAAUUGGUGUAGUUGGGAGGACAGGCUCCGGUAAAUCCUCCUUAGGAACAGCUCUCUUCAGGCUGGUUGAACUAACAGCAGGCUCCAUCCGAAUUGAUGGCAUUGACAUAUCAACAUUAGGACUGGAGGAUCUUCGUUCUCGACUCUCUAUCAUUCCUCAGGAUCCGGUACUUUUCAUUGGGACAGUCAGGUACAACUUAGAUCCAUUUGAAAGCCAUUCAGAUGAGGAAAUAUGGUCAGCACUGGAGCAGACGUACAUGAAGGAUCGGAUCAGUUGCCUUGACUUGGGAUUGUCUUCCUGUGUUGUGGAAAAUGGGGAAAACUUUUCAGUUGGAGAGCGCCAAUUGCUUUGCAUGGCAAGGGUACUUCUGAGAAAUUCCAAGAUAUUGUUUCUUGAUGAAGCUACUGCUGCAAUAGAUGCAGAAACUGAUAUCAAGAUUCAGAAGACUCUGAAGAAUGCAUUUAAAUCAUGCACCAUGAUCACAAUUGCACAUAGACUCAACACAGUGAUGUUGUGUUCACGAGUGAUGGUGUUGGAUGAUGGAAAGGUGAUGGAGUUUGACACACCUAGAGCACUUCUUGCAAAUAAUUCUUCUAUGUUUUCAAAGAUGGUUGCUAAAUCAAAAGCAUCCUUUAUUUCAUAGACUGUAAUUGUUAUUCUUUCAUGAUAGCUUUUAGCACUACUUAUGCUUUGCCUGUGAACUUACUAUCAGAAGAAGAUAUUCUGUAGGAUUACAUAUACAAGUAUUGAAGUUGAGCUUUGAUAAUUCUCAUAAAAGAUACUCACUAUACUUUCCAAAACUUUAAAGUUGUAUUAGGUUUUAGGUAAAUAAUGCAAAAAAAAAAAAAAAGAUUUGGGAAUGAUAUACACUCAUCUGUUGAAAUAACAAAUCUCUAAACAAUGGAUUUUUGAAGCAGUGAGCAAAAUCUAUGUUGUAAAAUAUUUCCAAACUACUUGAAUAAAUGUCCACUCUGCAAGAAUCAUCUGACAGGUGGAAGUGCAAGACCAGCACUCAGGCAACUUGAGCUCCCAAUCUGUUUAGGCUCGUCAUUCACUGUUUACACACCUUUUUGUUCAGCAACUGUUGUCUUGUUAUUGGUGCUCACUUUUUGUUUAAAGCAUGCCUUACAAUAGAUACUAGAGCUAGGAAAGUUGAGAAGAGGGAGUAAUUCCAGUUUCUGUAUGUCAUACAGAAACUGGAAUUACUGAAAAAAAAUGGAAUCUGAAGUGACAGUGGAAAAGUUCUAUGAGAGGUAUGGGAUCAAGAAGCAGACAAGGAGCAAUAUCAAGCAAAGUGAAGAAAAGCUGAAAAAAAUUAUGCUGCUAUUUAUUAUGUAGAUACCUCUAAGAGUAGCAAAGGUGUUCAUUACAAGCACAUGAAAAUGGAGACAGAAUCCACUUCUUUGCAACUUGCCAGCUAGCUAGUGCUGACAAGCAUGACACCAGCCAGCCUACUCCCAACUCAAGCAGUGCUGCCACAGAGUUAUGUGAAUGACUCAGAAUGGAAGCCUGUGUUUUGUAGUCCUACAUUUUUUAAGUAUUUACUGCUAACCUGUCAUAUAGUGAAGAAAGUGUCACAAAGUUAUUUUCUCAAUGUAUGUAACCCUUUUUGCAGAAAAUGGACAUUUGCAAAGAACAGACACUGAAAUCUACAUUAAUCUGUUGUUUCAAGAGUUGAGUGUAGUAUGAGUUAAGUAAUUCCAUUUUCAUCUUUAAAUGGCUCUAUAUGAUAGUUUUUUAUUAUAUAUUGUAUUUGAUAUUUUUAUCUUAUGUACCAAAAGCUAGAUGUAGUAUUUACAAGAGACAUGAUAACAGUUACCUGAUCACUUCAUGAACUGAAAUUACCUCAUAAAUUGAAAUCAGAAAAAUUGGGCACUACUACAAAAAAAAGGAUUGCUGGUCCAGUCAUUAACCAGGUAGCUGAGGUCCAUUACUUGUAAGUUGCAACAGUACCCUUGAGCUUCUAUUGUUGCUGUUGAGAAGGGAAUAUUUUGACAACAUAAUAAUUUAGAGCCCUAUUGUAAAUCUAUUAAUAGCUGUGUUUAUACAGACUGUCUUCUUGUCUGGGAUUCUUGGGGAGGUUUGUCUAUAUUGGUUUCACUUGAGAUAAGUCCUUUGUUUUGGACCGUGCUAUGGUCUGGUGUGGGCAAUGGAGGAAUUUGCCGCAGCCCACUUUUGAUAACUGGUGUGGAAACUACUGGCUUUGGUUUUGGGACAUGAAGCACUGAUUUUAGGUAACAUAAUUACAGCAUGAUUUCCUGGGCUUCUUAUGUAUUACUAAGCUUUCCUUUUGUGAGGUAGCACCUGCUGCCUCCAGUGCCUGUGAAACCCUUUCAAAAUGCUCUCCUGGGGAAGAGUUCAGUUUGUAGGAACAGGUAUCAUAGGUAGACAGAUAGAUGUAUAGACAGAUAGCUAGGUAGAUGAUACCUGUUGAUAUUUAUCUAAUUGCAAAUAGAAAGUGAAUAUCAAACUCUUAGAGUUCUGUUACUGUCAUGUGACAGAAGUUGGGUAUGACUUGCAUUAUUUUCAGAGAAAAUGCAGAAAGUGGAAAAUGAUAGUGACAAUUUAAGGGAAAAAGCAAUGAUCCCUUCACUCAAAAUUCCCUGAAGGGAGAAGUGGUGCUAUACUUAAACCCUGGCAGAUACACAUGACUUGUAUUGUUUAGCUGAGACACAGAGAAUUCAUCAUGACAGAAAUUGUCCACAAGUGUUGGAGAUAGCUUAAAGCUUUUGUUGUUAAUGUUAUUUGCAGAAAACUCAUCCAGAGAAAAAUUGAUGUAUUGCUAAGUACCAGACCAAAGAAAAUAAUGAAAGCUUGUAAUAUAAUUCCAAAUAUAUUAUUUUACUAAAC